AACAUCACAGUUUAAAAAAAUAAUAAUGAAAAUUGGAGGAAAUACACCACGCUUGACAAUUCAUCGAACUCUAGAAAGAGUGUUUACUAAUAAAUGUGCCUUGGACUGCUCGUGGAAGGGAGUGAGAGCAAAUUUCAGAGUAUGUGAUCUACACUUCAUGAAAAUGAUAAAAAAUUCUGUUUGCUCCACUUAUUCUACUUUAACUGAAGCAGAAUUUGAGGCAACAGCAGCUGAAUGGUUUCGUUUCGCUAAACAGCGAGCUGCUCGGGAAGAGAAGAGGUCUAAUUUACAACAGCUUCCAGCACCAGUAGAUCAAGAAAAUAAUUAAGAAAAAGAAACAAUGAUUAUAUUAUAUAUCUUAUAUAGUUUAUAAUUUUUUAUAAUAUUCUAAAAUAUAAUAUUUAGUUUAUGAAAGUUUA